AUGAAUGAAUUACCGCCACAACCAACACCACAACAGUCUUAUGGUCAACAAGACUCUCAACAGAGCCAUCAUCAUAAUAUGAAUAGAAAGUAUCCUCAACAAUCACAUCAAAUCCCACAGAAAGUUACUUACAGACCGCCACCGCAACAACAACAACAACAAGUACCACCACAACAGCAAUAUCAACAAUAUAGUAGCUCUCCUCACCAAGAGUAUUUUCAACAAGCUCCAGCACAAAACUAUCAACAAUCAGGACAAUAUGCUCCUGGGCCUCAGUAUUCAAAUCAACAACAACAUGUACCACCUCAAGCAGCUCCUGUUCAGCAAUACGCUAAUCAACAACCGCCAGCAAAUUACCAACAUCGCCCUUCAUAUACUCUGCCUCCGCCAUCACAACAACAAAUAUAUCAGCAACAACAACAACAAUACCAAGCCCCAUAUACAAGCAAUGGUAAUUAUUCUAAACGUAAUGCUUCAAAGGAGUCGGUGGAAAGUUCCAAAACUACUAGUUCAUCCAAACAAAAAUUAGAAUCUGAAUUAAGAAUAGUUUUUGAAAAAGUGGACACUAAUAGAUCAGGUAGAAUAUCAGCUAAAGAAUUAUCUUAUGCCUUGUUGAAUUUUGAUCGUACAAGAUUUCAGGAUUCUACUAUUAGAUUAAUGAUUAACCUCUUUAGUACAUCCGAUUCAUCCAGUAAAUCAUUAACUUUUGAACAAUUUGUAUCUUUAUGGAAGUAUUUAUCAGCUUAUAAGAAACUUUUCAUUCAAGCUGAUGCAAACAAAUCUGGUGAUAUUUCAUUUGGUGAAUUCCAAAAGAUUUUGGAACAAAUUGGCUAUAAAUUGGAUAUUGAUUUGGUCUUGCACUUGUUUCAAAAAUAUGCCAUGCAUGAAAAUGGUGGAAUUGGUAAAUUAAAGUUUGAUAAUUUCAUUGAAUUGUUGGUAUAUUUGAGAAAACUAACUGAUGUAUUCAAGAAAUAUGAUAAAGAUCUUUCAGGUACUGCAACUAUUAGUUUUUCAAGUUUCUUGUUUGAAGUUUCCAAUCUAAAUUAA